AUGAAUUCAUCUGUCAAAAAAUGACGACAACAGUACUAUUGUGAUAUUUGUGAUACGGAGAAAAAAACCACGAAUCGCAAUCAAAACAUAACUGAUUCAGAAACGAAAUGAGACGUAACGCAAGAUAACAGUUGUGUGCUUGACUAAAACGUAAAAACACUGACGUGCGUAUUGCAAAAUUUUACGCAAAUGUACGCGAGAUAUAAUUGUGAUUGUUGAUCAUCCUUUGUGUAAAAUUUAACGACCAUGGCAGCAGCCAUCGCGAACGACUCACCUAAAUACAGGAACAGCAUUAUAUGCUGCAGCCCAAGCGUAGAAGCUACUUCUAGAACAUCAACAUCGUCGACUUCAGGCAACCUAUCCUUAGACGAAGGAUACGACUCGAAUUGCAUACCAAAAUCAAUUGCGAACCAAAAAUUGAAGAUCCACAGCUCAGCGACGAAAGAGGAGAUAGAAAAAGCGAUUAUACGGUGCAAAGAACUCGUUUUAAACACAGCACAAUGUUCCGACGAGCGCAAAUGGCUUGUGAGAUACCUUGUAGAGUUACGACUACGCUUAGAAGACAUAAAAGACAAUAAUGGGCAAGCGAGGUUGCGCGUUUCUAUAAAGGGACAUCACUUCGAGCAGCAGACCAACCCUUCGAACCGUAAACAGUACUGCGACCACUGCAGCGGAGUCAUUUGGAGUAUUGUGCAAGGUUCCUACAUAUGCAACGACUGUGGAUACCUGUGUCACUACAAAUGUGUGGACCAUAUAUGCAGAGUUUGUGCCCAUGUCCUUAUGACAGAAAAAGGGAGCUUCGAAAUGAGUAUAUGUCCGGAAAAAGGCUUAGCAGCGCAAGACUAUAAGUGCGCAGAGUGCCAAACCGCAUUAACUUUCAAAGACAUGUGGAAUGAACCGCGAUUAUGUGACUAUACUGGCUUAUAUUUCUGUGCUACGUGCCACUGGAACGAUUUAUCCGCAAUACCCGCUAGAGUGAUACAUAAUUGGGAUUGGGAAAAACGGUAUGUGUCUCGGUUAGCAUACCAAAUGCUGAAUCUAUCGUGGUCCAGACCAUAUAUCGAUAUUGAAAGGAUAAACCCGAGGUUAUUCAACUUUAUAGCGGAGUUAGAAUGGGUGCACAAGAUGCGGAAAGACUUGGAAUGGAUGCGACGGUACCUCUGUGCUUGUGCGGAAGGCACGAACUUACUAUCACCGUUAUUCGUUCAACUUGGAGAUGUGAACAAGAAGUACAGCAUGAGUCAUUUGCAAGCUAUUAACGAUGGGUCUUUAGAGACACAGUUAACGGAACUAACGGAGGUGUGUCGGUCACAUAUAACGAGCUGUGAUCUUUGUUCUGGGAAGGGGUACCUCUGUGAGGUGUGUAAGAACAACGAAGUGUUGUAUCCGUUUGACAGCGGAGCCUUAAUGUGUGAUAAGUGUAAUUCGAUGUAUCAUAGAGGCUGUUGGCUACGUAAAGGGCAGAAGUGUCUCAAGUGUCUUCGAUUAGAGGAACGAAAGAAGACCGUUGACGAUGUGCAAACUGAUAUUACGGACACAUUAGAAUAUGACAUUGACAAGUUUGUGAAUUAAAACGUUUUAUAAGCAACGCAUUGGCUUUAAAAUCUAUGUUUUUUUAUUGUAAAUUUUAUUAAAAGAAUUGUCUGCUUGCAUAUUAGCGACUAAGUCGUGCGAUUUUACGACUGUUGUAUGUUUUUACAUGGGUGUUAUUUGUCACGAUAUUUCAACAUAAUUAAAUACUAUCAUUAGAACUUGAGACAUGAUAUUUACCAUGUUUAUUUAUGUCUAUGAGUUUCCAGUUCAUCCGUGAUCAUGGCGCUUGCAACAGUGCCGAAAUAUCGGAAACUUAUAGACAUAAAUAAACAUGGUAAAUAUCUCGUCUCAAGUUCUAAUGAUAGUGUUAGUGACCAUGUCUGUUUAAAAACUUAUAUAGUUAUGUCAAGCUAUUUUGACAUAAGCUAAACAAUAACUGCAGUAAAUAAAUGAUUUUGCAAACAAAUUUUGUAUUCAAUACCUGUCGUAAAUCUUUGUAAAUAGAGCUCAUAAUUGUUUGAAGAAACUGUAACAUAGAAUUUGUUUAAAUAUUGUAAUUGAACAGAUACUCAAAUGCACCCAUGAAAAAACAAUUUUAAGUUUAAAAUUACAAGUCUAAAAGCUUCCAAAUUAUAUAGUUAUAAAAAAAUACUAUAUUUUACUAUAGUAUAAAAAAAAUAUUAGAUAGGUAUAAAUAUUUCAAAAUAAAUUUGACUCGUCGCAAAUCUGUGAGCAGCUUUUGAAACAGGGUUUCUGAAAAACUAGAUUUCGAAAGUGAAUUUUGACCGAAAAUCACACUAAUAUGUAUUUUAAAUGUGAAAAUUUGUUGGUUUAUAUGUUUGUUCGUCAAUCAUGCUGAAACUACUGAACGGAUUUUGAUGAAAUUUGGUAUACAGACAGGGUAUGAGUUGACUUGGGUGAUAGGAUACUUUUUAUCUCACGGGAAGGCAAAGCCGUUGGCAGAAGCUAUAAUAGUUGUUAAAAGAUUUUUUUGGGUAUGGUAUUUAAAAUCAAGUUUCUUUUUUCUUUAUAUUAGGAAACCCUGUUCCAAAAAGUACUAUAGACUAUUUAAAAAUAAAAAAAUGCUUUAAAUAUAUGAAAAAACAAUCUAAAUUCGUGCCUAUAAUAUUGUCAUCAGAAAAAAAAACACAUUUCAUGUAUGUAAAUAAUUAAAUGAUUCAUUUUUUUAUACACAUAUAUAUAUAUAUAUAAUAUGUACUGACGGACAACUAAGCAAUAUUUCAUUCAUACAUACAUCUAACAAAUAAAUAAAUGCUAUAAAAAAAUGUUAAAAA